UCGCGUGGAAAAUGGCGGACUGUUAAUCCUAGUCAGUAUUUCGGUACAAUUAUUAGCUCAUUUAACUGUUAAGCGUGCACCAUGGCCGACAUAGAUUACAACCUUGUGAUCAAGUACAUAAAGGACAAGACGUAUCCAGUAUUUCUAGAUCGCUCUGGUCGAAGAAACGUGCGUAAGCGUGCUGAAGAUCUGCACCUUGUUGAUGGAGUCCUUAUGUACACUCGGAACUGGGCGCGAAUGAGUCCUGAGGAACGAGCGGCAAGCAAAGCUAGAAAAGUUUUGAUAACUGUAGAAGAGAAAAGAGAAGCUCUUCUAGAGUGCCACAUAGAUUCUAAUGGAGUCCACUCUGGCAUAGAUCGAACAGUAAAGGAGCUUAACAGUCAUUAUUAUUGGAAGGGGAUGUGGGGGGAUUGUAAACGCUUCAUACGGCUAUGCAUGCACUGCCAGACUAGCAGAGAUGGAGGGGCAGGUCAGAAUACAGUUGUAGACGACAAUGAGCAUGAUGUAUUCCCAGCAGAUGAUAGAGUUUCUCCAGCAUCUCGCUGUUGGCAGAAGGUGAAAUUUGACUUCCUUGGGCCUUUCACCAGGAGUAGCAAAGGAAGCUGCUACAUUCUUGUUUGUGUAGAUAAGUUCUCCAUGUGGACAGAGGCUGCUGGGGUCCAAGCUAAAUCUCCAGCUGCUGUUGCACUCUUCCUGCUCAAAUAUAUUGCAAGAUUUGGUAUGAUGGAGUGCCUUGAGACAUCUGAGGGUCAAACAUUCUGUUCCCAAGUGUCUCACAGGUUACAGCAGUUUAUAGGGGAUCCCAGGUACAAGAUAGACAUAGGGGAACCAUCCCAGGAGGGCAAAGGGACAAUCUCAGCCAUUCAUGAUGCAUUAAGAAAGCUUGUAACCAGCAGUCCAUUUGCUUGGGACCAACAUCUUGACCUGGCACUUUUACCACACAGAAUCUCCAGAUCUCUCCAAACAGAAUAUUCCCCAUUCUAUUUACUGUAUGGAAGAGAUCCCAAGAUACCAACUGAUAUGAUCCCCUCAAUGGGUGAUGGAUCUUCUGACAUUACCCUGUCAGCUGAACAGAUUGACACAGUGGUACAGAAAAUGUUAGACAUACAGGGAGGACUGCAGAAACUGGUGAAAGAGGAAUGCACUACCGCAUCCAAGAAACGUCGAAUGGAACAAAAGUUAAAAAAGGAAGGAAUAAUAGAAUCAGUUGUUGAGACAGCAUUGACAGAGAGUGAGAUUGAAGUUGAGAAACCAAAAAGGGGUCUGAAAAGAAAGAAGAGAAAGAAUAAGGCUGGUCCAAAAGUUCAGACGCCCAGCAGUUGGCAGAUAUCUGCUGACAUUUACCACAGUGGGAUCAAACAGUUCUUGACUGAUGGCACAUACCCAGAGAAUUAUACAGAUAAAAUGAAAGAGAAAGUCAGCAUCAUGUUACCAAAAUACAUAAUCCUUUACAAGAAGUUAUACUAUGUAAAAAAUGAGAAAGCUGAGAAGAAGGAAGAUCCUGAGAACUUGCGUGAAGUGAUAGAAGAUGUUGAUGACAGGAAUAAUAUCAUUGAAAGAACUCAUACAUCCAAACCAAGUGGCCACCUGUCUGACCAUGGGACAUACCUGGCUGUGAGUACCAAGUACUGCUGGGGAGGACUGAGGAAAGAUGUGCUGGACUAUGUGAAAAAGUGCCAAGUUUGUAUGAAGAGACAAUUGGCUCCAGCACCAAAGAAGAUGUGUUUAAGGAGAGAUACUGCCGUCUCCAAUCAGCAGGAGAAUUAUGCAGCCCUUAUCCAGUACAUGUUGAAUGGCACCUAUCCUUCUCACUAUAGUAUGGAUCAGAAGAGAGCCCUGCGCAGAAAGGCAGAAAACCAUUUUUUAGAUGAGUCCACUAUGACUCUCUCAUAUGUUGAAUAUGAUUUAGAUGGGGAUAAGGUGUUCAGGAAAGUGGUGACAAAUGAAGAGGAGCAACUGAGGUUGAUAAAAGAACAUCAUGGAAGUGAACAUGAUCAUCAUGUGGGAAGAGAUCUUACCUAUAAUGAAUUGAAGGCCAAAUACUUUUGGCCUGGUAUCUCCAAUGAUGUCAGAAAGUAUGUAGAUAGCUGUGCUGUUUGUAGUCAGGCAGACAAAAGCAGAAAAAUCGAUGCUGAUGACUUUGAUGAAGAUGAGGAAGAUGAUGUUAAUGAUGAAGCUGAAGCAGAAGAAAAUGUUGAGAUAUUGAAGAAAGAAAAUGAUGCUACAGAAGAAACGAGAGAUACAAAAAAGAAAAGGAAAGCUGGAACUUCUGUUAAACCAAAACAGGAAAAGGUCAGGUUCAAGUGUGAAACAUGCUGCCAGGAAUUUCGAGGGGAAGUAGCAUUUCAAAGUCACAUAGCCCAGCACAAGGGUGUGAAACCAUUCAGCUGCACAGUUUGUGGCAAAGGGUUCACAGAAAGGAAGUACAUCAAAAUUCACAUGAGAAUUCACACCGGAGAAAAACCCUAUGUGUGCAGCGUAUGUGGACGUGGGUUCAUUCGAGUUGGCUUACUAAAUCAGCACAUGGAUAUACACAAUGAAGUCCGUGCUCAUCUCUGUGGUGUCUGUGGAAAGUCGUUCAACUCACGCCAAACUCUGCAGCAUCAUUCCUUCAUCCAUACUGGAGAGUCGCCAUAUCAGUGCAACGUCUGCCACAAGCAUUUCUCAAGAAAAACUGCGCUUAAGUAUCACAUGAUGUCCCACACUGGAGAGCGGCCUCACACCUGCUUGCACUGUGGAAAGGGAUUCACCACACCUGCAGCUCUGCGAGAACAUGACAACAUCCAUACUGGCAACAGGCCUUUUAAGUGUAGGCACUGCGGAGUCGGGUUUGCUGAAAGAUUUCGAUGUCGUAUGCAUGAAAAAAGUCACACAGAGGUGAACACCACUGUUUUAACUACCACAGAGGGCCAGGUGGAAGUGGACGAGAAUGCAGAAGGAGCAGUGACAUAUGUUAUUGAAGAUGGGGGACAAGCUCCUACUCCAGGAGUCUCCUACCUGAUAAAGGAUGCAGAAGGAGUACAGUACGAGAUAGUGUAUGGAGAGCAGGAGGUUCACACUGUGUCUGAGGCAGACUUUUCUGCCAUUAACUUGUUAGCUAAUGUGACUGACCAGGUGCAAGUUUCCAGAACAGUUAAUCCUAGCGAAGAAACCCCACUCUAAAAAAGCUAGUUUAUGACAUGAAAUGAUACCUUUGCAUGUUGGAAAAUAAGAUGAACAUCAAAAAGGAUGUAGGUGGAGAGAAAUGGAAUAAAAAUAACUGUUGUACUACAUUCCAAUCUAAAAGACAAUAUAUGUUAGAUAUUUUUCCAAACGAACUGCAAACAAACAAACAAACAAACAAAAAAAAAUCUACAAAUUUUAGUUUUGUUGCCUGUACAUUACAGACCAUCUAUGCAAGUAUUAUUUAACCACUUAGAAAAUUAAAUCUUCAGUGAUUGAU